AUGGACACCCUGGAGAUUUAUGGAUUUAAUGGAAAUUCUGGGUUCAAAUUUCCGGAAUUUCAUGGAAGCCCUGAAACACAUAGUUUUACUGGUCAUGAAAAUCCUAGGAACCACGGAUAUGCUGGGUUCCGUAAUCAUCCUACAGUUCCUGGAUUCCAUGAGACCCGUGGAAAACCAGGAUCGUAUGGCGUACCUUCUGUAACUGAAGUGCCUGCAGGCGGACUUUACAAACUAACUGACCCUUUCAAGGAGGAAGCAGGAGUUAUAAGCACUGGAGAUUAUAAUUGGAAUGUUAAUGGAGAUGUGAUGGAAAGUCAUAAGAAGAGGACGAGCCCGCUGAAACAUUUGCUGCAAAUCAUCACCGCGUUCCUCCCCGUGGGGCUGAUAAUCUCAGCGCUCACCCCCAGUGUCAUUACCAUUCACAACACCGACACUCAGUAA